AUGGAGAAUGAAACAAAAAGCAGAGCACGUUUCGCUGUCGUUGCUCAACCAGAGACUGAUUGUCCUAGGCCUCCUCCAGGAAUCAGAAGCGGGUUUUUAUCUAUCUAUCAAUCUAUCUCUUUUUUCGUCCAGCCUUUUUGUUGUGAGAAGAAAGACUGGGGCCGGCCUGCGUCAUCGGUUUCUGCCCUCUGCCACGCGGAAGCAAAAGCCCGGAAUUAUUACAAUUAUCUGUGUUUUUAGAAGACGUGGUUCGGCGAGGUCGCCUGGUCGAAGGACGACGUCAUCGUUCGUCACGAUUGGCAGGAGGUUGAAGACGUGGCGCGCGUGGACGACGUCGUCCUCACCGUCGGAAGCACCCAUCUGUUCGUCGUCGUCGUCACGAAGAGCAGCGUCUACGUCUUCAGGGAAGACGACGUGGUGGGGUGAAGGAAUAUGGAACAAAAAUUAGAAACUGAAGUCUGCUCACUUGUUUUGUUCAAGUUAAGUGAGCGUCAAAAUUGACGAAUUGGGGAUUAUUGCUCAUGGAAAAUAAUUGUCUUAAGUGUUCAUUAUUUUUCAGGGCACCAAAAAGUUUUGUUCUGAACCUUUCUUUUAUUCAUGAUUGUUUUUUUUAAAACUGUGAAAAAAAUGUUGAAUUAAUUUUUUUAUAAAGAAGGUUUUGAACUCAUUUUAUACUUGGCGUCAAGAGCUUUUUGUGAAAGGAAACCUUUUCAAAAGUAUUUGGACCUGGCUGGAAGGAUUUGGCACCUUUAUUGACCAAAAAGCAACCUUUUAGAGUUUUCGUGAAAUUGUCUAUAUCCUAAAGUCUGCUGAAAAUUUUUUUCGCGUUUUAAAGAGAAAAAAAUUUUCAAAAAAAUCUAAAAUCAAAAAGUUUGGGUUCAUUGAGUAUGUAGAAUUUUCCAGGUCCUACAUUAAUCAGACGAAAAUAAGAUUUUUCCUUAAUUUUUGAUUUAAAAAUGAAAACAAAACUGAGAUUUUCAAAAUCAACGUUCUGAAAUGUCAAAUUUUGAAGAGCCGAUGCUGGUACAGCCGAUUGACCGAAAAAGCGGAAGAUUUGCGAUUUCAAUCUCACCAAUGGGAAUAUAUUAGAAGGGAUUGGAAAAAAGAAGAUGAUCAGGAAGCUUUAAAAGGUGAGAACGGAUUCCGAAGACGUCACGGUCCAAACCUUGCAAAAACGUGCAAUUCUUGUAGUUAUGAUAAGAGUGCGAAAGAAAGAGCGGAAAACGACGUCUUCAGAUCCGAAAACGUCGUCAUCGGAUGUACGUCUUCUGUGCACCGACGAGCGCGUCUUAUUCGUCGACAAUCGCCGCCCUCCAGGCCCCGCCUCCGACCCGAAGACGUCGCGCCUCGCCCUGUACGUUCCCUUCUUUUUGACGAAGAAUGUUCAAACAUCAGUUGAGUGGAACAGAGGCAACCUUUGAAGGUUGCGGAGAAGAUUCAGAUAAAGAAAAUACUUUUUUUUGAUUUGGAAAAAAAUUAUUCAGAGAAGAGGGAGAUCUUUGUAGAGUUCGGCUCUAUCUGCAAAAUUAUUACUCCAGUCUGCCUCGCAAUUUUUUUAAGGUUUUCAAAAUUUGACCCGUUAGAUUUAAUUUCAGUUAUUGUGAGUUUGAAAGAAAAUAAACAAAAAGUUCACCUGAUUUAUAAAAAAAAACCGCAAUUUUUGCAGUUAUAAGCCUAACUUUUUGCAUUUGAAGAAGUUUGGGGAACUUACCAGAAAGAGAAAUUUAAAUUUCUGGAAAAAGAUAGAGAAAGGAAGAAUGAUGAUUUGAAGGACCGCCAGCCUUCUCUUUUAUACCACCCAUCAUAACCUUUUUUGGCAGACUCUUCUUCGCCCUAUCGGUUCCGCCGGACCGCCCACAAUUUAUUAUUUUGUAAAUAUGACAUGAAACAGAAAAGAAGUGUUCAAAAAUCUAUUGACACCUCGGCGGAACGAGUCUCAGAAGCAUCAAUAAUGUGCUUCUUUUCGAGUUUUCAUUGGGCGAUUCUCGUUUUUUUUUUAUGUUCAAAGUGACUCCGCGAAACUCAAAAAAACCAUCAGAGAGCUGAAAAUAUAACUGAAUUUCGGAGAGUCAGGGAUAAUUCAGAAUUUCCCAUAAUUUGAAAGCAGCACUAGAUAUACUUUUUGACUUUUCAAGAAUUUAACCCUGUCUUUCUUUUAUUUGGACAAAAAAUGAGGGGUCAAAAGAUUUUUUUUCUAAAAUUGUGGUUCUAAAAAACUUUGUAUAACAAAUUUUGGGUAACGGUCUCCAAUUUUUACAGAUUUAGGAACUUUUCGAAGUUCUUUAUAGGAAUUAUAAGCUUACAUCAGUAUUCGAAAGAAUUUUAUAGUUUUUGGUGUUCGAAAUGUUUUUGUUGUACAAACAACUCGAAAAAGGUUAUUUUUCUUGCAAAAUCUUUGCUCCUGACAAACUUGGGAAGUGUGUAAAAAAAAUCCUAAUCGAUGAGAGUUCAUUUUUCUCUAAUAAUGAUGUACACGGUAAAGAAAAAAUGAAUACUGAAAAUUCCAACCGAAUUCAGGCAAUUUUUACGCAACACAGCUUCGGUUUCGUCGAAAUAUUCUGAUGCGCAUCAAUCCUAGAUCCUUGUUUCUUUCAGAAUCCACGACGAUUCAAUCUACCGACGCGGCGCGUUUCCAUUCGUUCCAAUCGUCGUGCCGUUCCCAUAUCCCGUCGAGGUCGCCAAGGCGGAUUCUGGCCGUGACUUCUUCGUCCUCCUUGACGUCACCGGCGCAGUUUUCGCCUUCGGAACGGGAACGUGAGUCAGUCGGGGCUUCGGUGACGUCACGAGGCGACUUGAAGACGUGGCGAGUUGGGCGUCGGCAUGGUGCGACGAGUCGACGAGCCCGUCCUGGUCGAGGCCCUCGACGGCAUCAGAAUCGUCGACAUCGCCUGUGGCGGAUGGCACACCUUGGCGUUGACAGGUGAUUUUUCCGGCCGAAAGGUGUGAAAAUUUUGAUAUGGUAAUGUUUCAGUGAAGAUGGGAAAUUUUUAUAUUUUCAUGUUUCUAUGAUUGCUUUGGCGACGAAGAAAAGAGCGCAGAGACGGUACCUUUUUAUGACGAAUAAAAUAUACAUGAAACCGUUUUUCCCCGUUUCUGUGUCAUAACCUCUUCCUUGAAUUCUGACGGUGUAAGGCUCUCCAAGAAUUCUGUAUUCUUCAGAAUCUGGCGACGUCUACGUCUGGGGCUGGAAUCAUCAAGGACAACUCGGCGAAGAUAAGGUGAGCGAAACUUUUCCAACCGUUUUUUUCGCCCCUCCGCCGCCGCCGCCUUCGUCGCCGAAACCACCACCGAUUAUGGUACAUCAAUCAUAAGGCGAAAAUUCGCGGCCCUGGUCACGUAGGUUCCGCUUUUUUCCGGCAACCUUUAGCUUGUGAUCGGCGGCGUUGUUACAUUUUUCCAUGGGUUAUGGUGGAACUUGUACUGUCGAUCGGAGAAGUUUGUCUUUUUCGUCGGGUGGUCGAUUGGACUCUUGGCCCAACCGAUUUAUCUUCUCCCGGAGCCGUGACCGCCGAUUACUGUAUUACACAUCUUCCGAGAAUUCCGAUUUGUUACAAUGGAAUUCAGAACCGGCUGAACACUGAUCUUAUGAUAAUAUUGCCACGAAAUCGAGAAUUAUCUGCAAACAUGUUUCUCGAAACCGAAAAUGGCACCAGUGUUCGUCUCGGAAGAAGAAUUUUAGUAUUGAGUUUAGAAGUUGGUUUGAAACUUCGACUCAAUUUUUUAAUAUUAAAAAUCGGAAAAUGGAAUCAUUCGAAAAAGUCCGAUCCGCGUCCGGCUGGCGUUACCAAGGUGCGAGUAGAAUUGACUUCUCCGUGGAGCACACAAUCAUUAAAUGUUGACUUUAUCGUGCAAAAAGUUCUGUAAAUCUAGAAAACUGUGCUAAACCAGUGCCCAAUGCUUUUUCAAGAAAGCUUGCAAAUUUUAGAAUUACUUUUUUUUCAGAAGAUCAUUCAUAUAGUCUGUUCAGAUUUUGUAUGUCAAGUAGAAUGACGUCAUUCGAAAACGCUCUGUGGACGGCUCGCUCUCUGAUUGGUUUAUUGCUCCAUUAGGGGGCGGAGCUUUAGCGCGGGCUUGACAUUUGAAAUCUGAACAGACUAUAAACUCCUUGCUGAAACGUGCAGAACGAGCUUUUUCUUAAAAUUAUUCUUAAUUCCUUAGAAUGUUUCCUCGGACCUUGGUAACGCGAGCCGGACGCGAAUCGGACGCGUCGGGGCAUUUCUAGUGACCACUUUAGUGGGGUCAGCUCUUUUUAGUAAUCUUAGAAUUGCCCAGAAACAUUCGGAGCAUGUCCGUUUCGCGUUGCCGAGACCCGAGUUUCCUUUCUCCGUGGAGAAUACACAUGCAUCAUGUAACCUUGUGUUGCUGGAAUAUUCUAAACUUGUCUGGUCGGUUGGACUCUUGGCCCAACCGAUCCAUCUUCUCUGAUAAGCGAAGCUGUUUUCGCCGCUGAUUACUGUAUCUCUCCUCUUCCGAGAAUUGGUUAUCAUUCUUCGGUUUGUUACAAUAAAAUUCAUAAUCAAUUCAACAGUGGUCUUGUGAUCACUUUUUCCCAAAAAGUAUAUUUAUCGGCAAAAUUUCUUGUUAUUUUCGAAAAAAAUUCAUUUAAAAACAGGAAAAAGCUUCCCAGUGUGUGCCACUGAGACUGUCAAGGUUUCAAAAGGAAAAAUUUGAUUAAACGCCUACAUUUCAUCGGACCUUGGAUUAUGAAAGCAAACCGGACGCGCUCAACACUUCUAGGGCUCACUUAAGCGGGCUGACGCCACUAAAGUGGUCACUAGCAAUGCUCAGAAAUGUCCGGUUAGCGUCUCGUUCGAAACAUGUAGGACUUGUCCGCAGGCUCGUGCGUCAGGCCGGGCUUGGAGUGUUUAUUUUUUGAAAAAGCCUGCGCGGGCUCGGGAUAGGCCGCGCUUCGGAAAAAAUUCGAAAAAAAACGAGAAAAAAUGAUCAAAAACACUUCUUUUCUCGUUGAAGAAGCGAAAAACUCGACAGAGCCUGCUGGGCCGGCCCCCGCACAAGCCUGCAUGUCCGUAAAGCGCGAAAAAAAAAUGUUUUCGAUUGAAUCAUCUUUUGGUUUGAAACUUUAUUAUUUUUUUUAAACGUUGGCGAGUUUUCCAAACAUGAUGAUUUCAUAAAUUCUUUGAGACGAUUCUUUUUGUCAAUUUUUUUCGAUUGGUAAUUCUAGAUGAUGAGAGGACAUAAAAAGUACAAAAAAAUUAUCUUUCGAGCGCACUUGGUCAACGAAAAUAAGUCUUUCGAAAAACGUGCAAAAAAAUCAACACUUUUUUUCAAAUUUUUUUAUAGAGGUGAAGAAAACUUUCUCAAACGUUCUCAUUAGGAAAACAUGAGAUACACUUUCUUCACUGAAAAGUUUGACCAAAAACGGGUUUUCAGGUUUUUCUGCAAGCUUUUGACACGCUUUUCGUCGGUUUUUUUUCGUUUACGAGUUUCUUUCUCCGUUUUAGAAUAUAUAUCCUAAAGCAGCCACCAAAAAAUUUUGGACGGCAUUUCAGAAAUUUUUUUAGUUAGCACUUUGAUCAUUAACAGCUUUUUUUUUAGAAUCCGACAGAGCUCUUCCCAACGCCUGUAGACAUCGGCGUUUUGUUAGCGGCAGGAGACGUCGAAGAAGGAGUCGUGGGCAUCUCGGCCGACGGCAACAGUUCCACGCUCGACGUCUCCACCCGUUCCUCCAUUGUUGGGGCCUCUCCGCAUCGUGACGCAGAAGCCGACGACAUCGUCCUGCGUCGGUUCGUCCUCGGCAACAAUAACAGCAACCAAUCGCAAUUGUACGCCCAACUCGACAAAUCGUGA